UAAAGUUACUGAGAUAUCCAGCCCCAGUCAGGUAUAUAAGACGAGAACGAUCUUUAAGUCACAACAAAACCAUAAAAGCUAACUCAGGAGUACAAGAGAGGAUUUUUUAGGUGCAAUAAUAACUAUGAGGACUUAUCUCUUGCUGUUUCUGAGCCUUGCAGUGGCUGUUGGUCUCCCAGUGCAGGACUGGGUACCAGCGGAGAGUGUGGAGGUGGCUCAGAGGGAGAGAAGUCCUCUGCUGGCAGACCUACUGCCUGAGCAAGGCCAUGUGGUGCAAGAGGAUCCAAAACCUAUUGCCAGGAAAGAGUCAGUAGCGCAGGAGAAAGCGGCUGAACCAAGCCCAGUGCAGCAGAAAGCACCGGUUAAAGUGAAAAGUCUGGUACAAGAUGUACCUCCUGUCAAGAAACAGGAGGCAGACACAAAUGAAGUUGUGAAGGAGACAGAGCUCAAGAAAGAAGCUGUCAUGGACGAACCAAAGGAUCAAGACAAGACACUUACAGAGCAAGUGGAAAUAGCUGAGGAAGAUCUGACAGCACAAGAACCAGUGAAAGAGCUUGAAUCUGUGGACCCAGUGAUGGACCUACAACCUGAAGAGACAUUGGUGGAGGAAGAGAGGAAUGUCUUGCAGGAAGAGGCAUUAGAGACCGUGAUGGAGCCAGAAUUUGUUUCGGAAGAACAAGAAGUCCAAAGGAGCCCCAGUGAAUUUGUGGAGGACCCAGUGAUGGACCUACAACCUGAAGAGACAUUGGUGGAGGAAGAGAGGAAUGUCUUGCAGGAAGAGGCAUUUGAGACCGUGAUGGAGCCAGAAUUUGUUUUAGAAGAGCAAGAAGUCCAUCAGAGGAGCCCCAAUGACUUUGUGGAGGACCCAGUGAUGGACCUACAACCUGAAGAGACAUUGGUGGAGGAAGAGAGGAAAGUCUUGCAGGAAGAGGCAUUAGAGACUGUGAUGGAACCAGAAUUUGUUUCAGAAGAGCAAGAAGUCCAUCAGAGGAGCCCCAAUGAAUUUGUGGAGGACCCAGUGAUGGACUUACAACCUGAAGAGACAUUGGUGGAGGAAGAGAGGAAUGUCUUGCAGGAAGAGGCAUUAAAGACCGUGAUGGAGCCAGAAUUUGUUUCGGAAGAGCAAGAAGUCCAGAGGAGCCCCAGUGAAUUUGUGGAGGACCCAGAGAUGGACCUACAACCUGAAGAGACAUUGGUGGAGGAAGAGAGGAAUGUCUUGCAGGAAGAGGCAUUAGAGACUGUGAUGGAGCCAGAAUUUGUUUCAGAAGAGCAAGAAGUCCAGAGGAGCCCCAGUGAAUUUGUGGAGGACCCAGAGAUGGACCUACAACCUGAAGAGACAUUGGUGGAGGAAGAGAGGAAUGUCUUGCAGGAAGAGGCAUUUGAGACCGUGAUGGAGCCAGAAUUUGUUUUAGAAGAGCAAGAAGUCCAUCAGAGGAGCCCCAAUGACUUUGUGGAGGACCCAGUGAUGGACCUACAACCUGAAGAGACAUUGGUGGAGGAAGAGAGGAAUGUCUUGCAGGAAGAGGCAUUAGAGACUGUGAUGGAACCAGAAUUUGUUUCAGAAGAGCAAGAAGUCCAUCAGAGGAGCCCCAAUGAAUUUGUGGAGGACCCAGUGAUGGACUUACAACCUGAAGAGACAUUGGUGGAGGAAGAGAGGAAUGUCUUGCAGGAAGAGGCAUUAAAGACCGUGAUGGAGCCAGAAUUUGUUUCGGAAGAGCAAGAAGUCCAGAGGAGCCCCAGUGAAUUUGUGGAGGACCCAGAGAUGGACCUACAACCUGAAGAGACAUUGGUGGAGGAAGAGAGGAAUGUCUUGCAGGAAGAGGCAUUAGAGACUGUGAUGGAGCCAGAAUUUGUUUCAGAAGAGCAAGAAGUCCAGAGGAGCCCCAGUGAAUUUGUGGAGGACCCAGAGAUGGACCUACAAUCUGAAGAGACAUUGGUGGAGGAAGAGAGGAAUGUCUUGCAGGAAGAGGCAUUAGAGACUGUGAUGGAGCCAGAAUUUGUUUCAGAUGAGCAAGAAGUCCAUCAGAGGAGUCCCAAUGAAUUUGUGGAAGAGCCAGUGCUGGACCUACAACCUGAAGAGACAUUGGUGGAGGAAGAGAGGAAUGUCUUGCAGGAAGAGGCAUUAGAGACUGUGAUGGAGCCAGAAUUUGUUUCGGAAGAGCAAGAAGUCCAUCAGAGGAGCCCCAAUGAAUUUGUGGAAGAGCCCGUGCUGGAUCUAGAACCUGAAGACACAUUAGUGGAGAAAGAGAACAAUAUCUUGCAGGAAGAGGCAUUAGAGACCAGGAUGGAGCCAGAAUUUGAUUUAGAAGUGCAGGAAGUCUAUCAGAGGAACCCCAGUGAAUUUGUGGAUCCACUGAUGGACCUGGAACCUGAAGAGACAUUAGUGGAGGAAGAGAGGAAUAUCUUUCAGGAAGAAGAAUUAAUGGAGGCAGGUUAUCUUCCAGAUGAAGAGCCAGUGAUGGCGCUAAUGCAGCCCCAAGACAAUAUGGCCGAGGAUCCAAUGUUGGCAUUUGAACCUUCACAAGAGCAACUGUUAAUGCAGGAUCAUGAUCAGAGAGAGGCAGAGUCUGAAAAUUUUCAAAUGAUGGAGUCCCUGGUUGGAGAGGAAGAGCUAAUGAUGGCUGAUCGGGCUUAUAUGGAGGAGUCCUUAAUGAAUGACAAUUUAAUAAGAGAAAAGAGAGGAUUAACCGCAGAGGAAGCAGAUGAUAAUGAUGCAUCCCAGAACAGGUGGCGGACCUGCAACGGUGUAGUCAUCAAUAGUAAAUGUUACCAGUUCUUCAGGGGACCCAAGAGAGCAGCUGACGCUGAGUUCUUCUGCCAACAACAAUUCCCUGACGGACAUUUGGCUUCUGUGACAAGCAGCUACAUUCACCAACACAUGAUGGCGCUCAUGGACAAAAACGGGGGUCGAAGACGUACCUGGAUUGGAGGCCUGAGAUACCUAGAUACUGGACGCUUCAUAUGGCUGGACGGGACACGAUGGGGCUAUGCUGACUGGUUACCUGGGGAGCCUAAUAACACUGCUGGAGUGGAAAACUGUGUGGAGUUACUGAGUAAUGGGAAGUUCAAUGACAUGCCAUGCUGGGACCUGCGAGCCUUCAUCUGCUCCUCUCCUUAUUAAGAAUUGACCAGGUUUCUGCCUAGAAUUCACUGGACUUCUUGCUUGAAACACCUGUUUUUGUUUUGUUUUGUUUAAUUUGCAAACCCUGUAAGUUAAUAUUAGUUUCAUUUUGUUGUGCCAGUUUGACAGAUGCACUGUGAUUACAUCAGGCUUCUCAGUGUCACCAAAUAUUAUAAAUGUACAUAUUAUCUCAAAUUGUCUUAUUUGUCUAUUAUUGUCUUACAUUAGUCACAUACUUUGAUUUUGUAUAUGAAAAAUACAUUAAAACAAAUUUUUUCUA